AUGACGGUUUACCCGGCGCACCUAGACCAUCCUGAGUCGAAGAAUGAGGAGGCUCUCGCUACAAUGAACGAUCAUGUUGAAAAUGCAGCGGUUUCUUUAGGACAUGCAAAUGAAGCGGGUGCCGCAACUGUCCUCAAUGAGGAUCCUGACCAUCCAGUCAACUGGCCUCUGUAUAAGAGAAACAUCAAUCUUUUUCUGAUCUCGUUCCAUGCUCUCAUGACCAAUUUCAUUGGUGCUGGUAUCAUUCCCGUCUAUGCUACCCUCGCUGAGAAGUUUGACGUCGAGAUUCAAGAUGUCAGCUACAUGACAUCGAUCCAUGUGAGUCACGCCGAUAUUCUCUGA